AUGGUGUCCUCUACUGCCCUCACAACCAAGGUGGCCUCUGGCUCGCCUUACCAACUGGACCAGCCUCAGGUCGUCAAAGCUUCCUCCGCAUUGCUGCGCCAUAUCAAGUCGAGUCAGGAUGAGAAGGAAAAGUCUGCGACUAAGAAGACCCUGAUUGGCGAUAACGAUUCGGAUGAUGAGGAGACCGCAGUUAACAACGAGGCCGUCUGGCUCCUUCUCACCACCAAGCAGCACGUCGUGGACAAGAACCGCCUGAAGCCUGGCAAAAUCAGCAUUCCCCACUCCCUCAACACCUCGCCCUCCCUCAGCAUCUGUGUGAUUACUGCCGACCCGCAGCGCGGUUUCAAAGAUAUUGUCGCCGAUCCCUCCUUCCCCCAAGAAUUAUCCUCGCGCAUUGAGAAGGUGAUCGGCUUCUCGAAGCUGAAGGCUCGCUACCACAGUUUCGAAAGCCGCCGCCAAUUGUUCUCCGAGUACGACGUCUUCCUGGCUGAUGACCGCAUCAUCACCCGCCUGAUUCCUACGCUCGGAAAGACAUUUUACAAGUCAAGCAAGCGCCCGAUCCCUAUUCGCAUCGCCCAGAUUGAGAAGGUCGAUGGCAAGCGCGUCAAGAAGGACCCCAAGCAGAAGCCCUCCAAGGAGGAGAAGAGCGCAUCUUUUGCCGCUCCUCUAAUUGUCGCUAAGGAGAUUGAACGCACCUUGCACUGUGCCCCUGUUCAGCUUGCACCCUCCACCUCGUCCGCCAUCCGCGUCGGCUCGUCCAAGUUCACCGCCGAGCAGCUGUCCGAGAACAUCGCUGCCGUUGUCAAGGGCAUGACCGAGAAGUUUGUUUCCAAGGGAUGGAGGAACAUCAAGGCGAUUCACGUUAAGGGCGCUAACACUAUGGCUCUUCCGAUUUGGCUGGCCAAUGAGCUGUGGGUGGAGGAUGGUGAUGUGGUGGAGGUUGAUGAGACCGCCGCAAUUGAGGAUGGCGCGAAGAGCAAGAAGCGCAAGUCUAUUGGUGACGAGAAGCUCCUUGAGAGCAAGACUUCCAAGAAGUCUAAGCCUGCUGAGGAUGAUGAUGAGGCCGAGUCUGCCGCCGCGCGGAAAGAGAAGCUCCAGAAGCUCAAGGCCAAGGCUCUCGAAGACGGUGAACCAACCAAGGUUGACGCCGCAAAAGCGGGCAAGAAGAAGAGAAAGUCGACUUCAUGA